AUGCGCGAGGACAACCGCAGCAGAUCCCCCCACCGAGGGCGGGAUCACGACGCAGGACGAGACGGCGGCCUCGACGACCAUCGACACGACCGCUACGGAUCUCGGCAGGUGUUCCCGGACAUCGUUUGGAGCUUGAGAGCUAACUUGCCCACGGAUCGGAGAGACCACCCUCGGUCUCCUCCAGGCCGCGACUACUACGACCAACGGGAGGCUCAGCCGCAUCAUUAUCGCCAAGGGGACCAUCCGGAUAGGCGGCGUGAGCAGGAUGAGGACUUUCGGGCCCGGAGGGCCGACGAUGGCCGCCGCGCGAGGCGUGACUUGGAGGACAGGGGCUACCACGGCAUGUACGACGACCAGCGAGAAGGCGAUGACGACGGCAACUAUAGAGGCCGCCACCGCUCGCGCGGACGAUAUCGCGAUGAGGGAUACGAAUACUCCCGGCGGGAUGGGUACGACCGCCGCCACGACGACGGAUCGCGCGGUCGACAUGGCCGGAGCCGAUCCCACAGCAGGCCGAGGGAUGCGGGACGGCCGACAGAUACGAUUAAACUUGAGGGGGUACCAUUUGGCCUCUCGUCGGCUGCGCUCCGUGAAGGUCUCCUCGAGAGCUCCGUUGCCGCCAACUUUCCGCCAGUGGACGUGCGCGUCGUUUCAUCAAAAGGAUACUGUCGCGCCUUUGUGCAGUUCCAGGCGGUCGACGACGCCGUAGUCUUUGUGAAAGAGCACUUCCCGAGUCUCCUAGUCACGUUGCCUCACCCAACUGAUGAAGCACCAGACGGCAAGGUCGAGCUCUACCUGCACUUUGCCCGUAGCCAGGGCGACCUUGAACAGCUGGGCGGCCCGCCGCCAGCCAUUGUGGGGGAUUGGGUGUGCCCACAGUGCACCUUUCGCAACUUUGCAUCGCGUCGACAGUGCAGGGACUGCGGCUUCUCUCCGUCAGGUACUCGUGGUCCGUAUGGACGGACUGGUGAAGCCGACGUCGGCCGAGACGUUGACAAAAACUUGCAAUUUCUCGUCGUCUUCCCGCUCCCCCCUAGCUUCAACGAAGAGAAGCUCGCUGCCGAGAUGAAGCGGCUUGAGCUCGUCAAGGUAGAGAAGCCCAAGGGCGAGCCCCCCAAACUCAAGUCCACCGCGCCCUCUGUGGAUGGAGCUGGAUACGGCGCCCGCCAGGGUUCUCUGCACCGCGUCUUCUUGAUGCGUGAGGUGGAGUCUGACAUGAACCUUCGAUAUGGCUUUGCAGAGUUCUGGACUUUGUCCGACACGGCUGCCGCGCUGAAGAAGUUCCAGAUGACGCGCGCCUUCGAGAUCGCUGGUGUCGCGGUCAACAUCGCCAUGAUCCACAUGGGAGUUUUCGUGCCGGAGGAGCGAGAGGUGACGCCCGAGAUCGCGUUUGAGUCCUUCCAGCCACUGUUCAAUCCGGAGACUCGCAUCCGAUAUCGCGACCGCGAACUCUACCCCAGCUCCAGAGUCGUUGCUGAAACUCCCCCCGACGAUGGCACCACCAAGGUGGCCGCAGACGACAAGAGCGAGGCGUGGAAAAUCGAAGCGUCGAAGAGCAAGAAGCGCAAGGCUGAGAGUGGCCUGGCAGACUCCGUCCCCAAGAAGAGCAUUGCGAUGGGACCCCAGAUGGCCUUUUGGCAGCAACGCCAUCAAGAGAUACAAGGCAUCCAGCCCGACGACAACAAAGCCGCACAGGAGGCAGCAGACGGCUCCAACCGGGCCGCGCCCAUCAAAUUCUCGUUGAAGCUGGGUGCCAACAACAAGGAUCAGUCCGCCGCAGCCGAAGGCCAGACCAUCUCCGAAGCCCCUGCCGCGGAGCAACAGGAGGUCUCGUACGUGGACCGUACCCGGCUCAUGUGCCUGAUUUGCAUGAUGCGUUACAAAUCGGUCGAAGAAGUCAACAUUCACGAGAAAUCCGGCAAUCACAAGCGGGCUAUGGAGGACGAGGCCAAGGUCAAGGCUGCGCUCCCACGCAUCGCCGCCCGAGACAAACGAGCCCAGCAGAAGGGAGAGGUGACGCAGUAUCGCGACCGUGCCAAGGAGCGACGCGAGGCCUUUGACCAGCCCAGCAAGCCAUCCACCAAGAUGGGCAACAAACCCAAGGAGGCGGCACAGCCAGCCAAGGAAGAAGUGAAGAAGCCCAUCGAGUCCAAGGGCGCCGGCAUGCUGGCCAAGAUGGGUUGGUCCAAGGGCGAGGGCCUGGGUGCGACGGGCGAGGGUCUCACCGAAGCGCUGACCGCCAGCGCGUACAAGGAGGGUGUCGGUCUCGGCGCCGAGGGCGGCAAGCUGGGCGACGCGCAGGAGGUGGCCGAGGGGCGCACCAAGGACAGCUACGCGAGCUACGUGUCGGCGGCGCAGGAUCGCGCCCGCGAGCGAUACAAGCAGAUGCAGUAA